AACUUCAGUUCCUCAUUUUACUAUCCCCUGUCAAGUUGAGCACAGGACGUCUGAUAUUACAGUAACAAUGAUCAGAUGUUGCUCGUAUCUCUUAAGAGCACAGUAUCUUUACAUAUCUGCUAAUGUAUUUGUAUUUGUUUACACCCCAAGUAUGCACGGGUGUUUAAAAAAUCUCUUUUAGUAAAAACCUGCAUGUUGUUUGGUUUCAAUUUCCAUUUCAGCAAUAGUCCUGCCAGUUUAGAAAAAACAACAAGUAAAAAAACAAUAAGAAAAACAAUAAGAAAGCAACUGCAAAAACUUUUAUUUUUCUAAACCAGAGAGCCAAAACAGUGUUAGAUGUGAUCUAAAUAUACAUUAUCACACAUACUGGGGCUUAACUGCUGCAAAGUGCAAGUGUGUUUCUGUGGCCUGUCUGUCAUUGUGAUUCAUCUAUGAUGCUCACUGUGGUUUUCCUGAGAACGUGUUCUGCAAAAUGACACUCUCUGUAAAAGUUCACACAGUCAGACACAGAAGUGUUGCCUUUAAAGGGUUCUUGGACAUUCAUGUUAUUCAGCUUCAUCAUGGCCGGACGCCUGCUGUUACUCGUCCUCAUGUAUUCCUUUUCCAAGAUGAAAGCAGAAGCUCUUCUUCAACCUAAACUGACAGUGAAUCCACCGGUGAUCUGGGAGACAGAAACAGUCACUCUGGACUGUCAGACUCCAUCAUCUGUUAAUGUGUCUCCGUGUUAUUUUCGUGUUGUAAGAGGAGGACCUGGCAAAAGCUUCCCUUGUCUUCAGACACUGACGGGAACUGAGCUGCUUUUGCUGGUAAAUCAGAGUUCACCUGCUGAGGUUAAAGUGACGUGUUUUUACCUUGUAAUAACUUCAUCUCCUGACAGUGAUGCGUCCUCCAUCAUCAUUCGACCAUCUCUUCCACCUAAACUGACAGUGAAUCCACCGGUGAUCAACGAGACAGACUCAGUCACACUGAUCUGUCAGACGCCAUCAUCUGUUCCUGUGUAUCAGUGUAAUUUCUACACUUUAGGUGGAGGAACUGUCAAUAGCUUUUCAUGUCGUCAGACACUGACGGGAACUAAGCUGCUUUCGUUGGCACGUCAGAGUUCAUCUGCUGAGGUUGAAGUGACGUGUUUUUACACUGUAAAGCUUGGAGAGAAAAUGUAUCCGUCUCCACACAGUGACACAUCCUCCAUCACCAUACGCAUUCAAAAACCACAGAUGAGUCUUACACAUUUUCAAGGUGACCAGGUUCUCUUUGCUUGCACUCUGCCUGGAUCUGCUAAUCAUGAUACGAGCUGUAACCUGUACUUUGGAGAAGCAAGUGAUCCAGUUACAACAACAACCAUAAAGAGGAAAAGGAGCUCAAACAAUCAGUGGUUCUGCCAGUUUUAUGUCACAAUUGAUGACUUGCUGAGACGUCUACGUGUAGUUCAACAAAGCGAUGCCAGCUGUGACUACAGUUUGGGAAGUGAACCAAACUCUUUGUCUCCUCGUAGUGAUGGAUACAGCUUGACUGAUAUUGUGGAAAAAGAGUCCCGCAUGACGCAGACUAUGCCGACAUCUACCAUGACCACAGCAGGUCUGACUGUUAGCAGACCUCAUGCUCCCGCUCCUGUAACUCCUGUAACAUCAGGUCUGACUGUUAGCAGGCCUCUUGCUUCUACUCUGGUAACUCCUGUAAAACGAACAUCAGGUUGGACUAUUGGUACGCCAAGUAGCACUGGUAGUUUUAUCUCUACUUCCCUAACAUCAGUGAAACCAGCAUCAGAUACUAGUAUGACUCCUACGAAUCCAGAAUCUACCGGUGAAAUGACAGCAAAAACGUGGAUAUUGAAGUAUGUAGCAGUUGCGGUUGGUUGUGGAGUAACUGUGGGCGCCGUCUGGCUGGUUUCUGCAUUUUUCUGCAACAAAAGAAGAACUGGUGAGAACUAUGUUGAUUUGUUUGUCUAAUGAAGUCAGAAUCUGUUUUUUAUGUGGGUGUUCACACAUACUGUUCUCUGAAUAUCAGUGUGGUUUCACAUUGUUUUCAAUUAAAGACAGUUUACAUUAGUUUCUGGUGGCAAAAUGUAAAAGAAUGACUGCUACAUCCAGUAUCCCUGUUUAUUAGGGAAUAUUGAAGCUUCCUGAUAUCAAUAAUCACUGGUUAUAUAUUUU